AAAAGGAUAUUAUAUAAAACAAUAUAAAUGCAAUAACAAUGAAUGGUGCUGGUCAAUUGAUUAUUGUCUUACAAUUUAUUCAAUUUGACAUAGUGUCACAGCCAUCAAUUUAAUCAGAGUCAUGAGAUCCACCGCAGAAUUAUGGAUGUCGAUGCUUGACAAAAUUCCUCUUAGUGGUCUCUUCAAAACCAAGGAUAAAUGCCAUCUUCCUCAAAGCGGUGGAGGUGUACCAAGAAAAGGCUUCACACUGUAUGGUAACAGACCUAUGAAGUUCCCAUACACGUUUACUGCCAAAAUGGUACAAUUCCCGUAUCAGUUCCAUUACAAUACCAAUUGGUACUUCAAGUACUACUCCUGGGCUGUCAUUGCUUCUUUGCCAGUUUUCUUCUACCUUGAAAGAUUAAGCAAGGCUCCAGAAAACGUUAAGAAAUGGGAGGAAAUAAAGCGUAAGGAAGAAAAGGAACUUCAUGAAAAAUGGGAUUGAUUUUAAUGAAAAUUUUAGACAAUUUUAGUUGUAGUAACAACCAAUUUUUGUAUAGUGGUGUCAUGUCUGGUAAAUUUUAAUUGGCUAGUCCCUCAUGGAUGGUCACAUAUUUUUUUUAUUUUUAUGAAAUGUGUUUUUCCUUUCGCAUUGUAGCUACUUGAAUUUUAGUACGAUACUAAUUUUUUUUAGAACAUUUUGUCUCCUUUGUCAGCAUAUACAAAUAUUCAAUAAAGAUUUAUUUUUA